AUGCCGAAAGCGAUUUCCCCCAUGGCAUCGCGCCAGGCGGCGCGGCGGCACAAUCCCCUUGACGAAGACCUUUUAGCCAGAGGGCUCCUGCGGCAAAAGGCGCCAAAGCGAAAGGCAGGCGAGGACAAGGACGGGCAGGGCGAGGGCUACAUCGAUUCGAAGGCGUCGAAGCGGAUUCUUGCGCUCGGCCGGGAGCUGGAAGUCGAGGGCGACGAAAAGGCUGCAAACGGCACAGGAAAGCAACAGCUGGAUGCCUUUGGGUUUGGAACACGGUUCGAAGAGGAGGACGAGGAGGCUCCGUUUGACGAUCACGAUGAGCAAUGGGCAGACGAAGACGACGGAGACGCCGGCGACGGAGCGGGUGAGAUCGAUCCGGCCGACCUGGCUACGUUUGACAAGUUCCUCCCCAGCCACCAGGAGGACGACCCAAUACUGAAGCACCUGAGCCUGCGGAUGUCGGAGAAAGCUGGGGCCGAGGAGGAUGUUGGAGAACAUAUGGACGAGGCGGAACAGUCGGCACAGCCAGGCCGCAAUCUGGCAGACAUCAUCCUGGCCAAGAUUGCCGAGCACGAGGCCGGCCCGCAGCAGCGGUCCGUGGCUGGCGGGGCGUUUGACGAGGAGGGCGAGCUGGACCUGAACCCCAAGGUGGUGGAGGUGUACGCCAAGUGCGGCAUCCUGCUGUCGCGAUGGAAGUCGGGAAAGCUGCCGAAGCCGCUGAAGAUCCUCCCGACGGUGCCACAGUGGGAGACGUUGAUUGAGAUCACGCAACCGGAGCAGUGGACUGCUAAUGCCUGUGAGGAGAUGACCAAGAUCUUCAUCAGCGCCAAGGCUGAGGUUGGUCGACGCUUCCUGGAGAUGGUCAUCCUGGACCGGGUGCGCGACGACAUCCGCGACACCAAGAAGCUCAACGUGCAUCUGUUUGCGGCGCUCAAGAAGGGCCUCUUCCGGCCGGCCGCCUUUUUCAAGGGCUUCCUCUUCCCGCUCGUGCUGUCGGGCACCACGACGCUGCGGGAGGCCCAGAUCAUCAGCGCUGCGCUCGUGCGCACGUCCAUUCCCGUGCUGCACUCGGGUGCCGCGCUCAAGGGUCUCUGCGACAUCUCGGCCGAGCUGUCUCCCGACACCGAGGGCCAGUCGGCCAUCAGCAUCUUCAUCAAGGCGCUGCUGGACAAGCGCUAUGCUCUCCCGUACCAGGUCAUUGACGCGCUCGUCAUCCAUUUUCUGCGCGCGCGGGCCGCUGAUGCGAUGCCGGUCGUCUGGCACCAGAGCUUCCUGCUGUUCGCACAGCGGUACCACGACUCCAUCACCGAAGACCAGCGCGAGGCACUACUGGACCUGCUGCUGACGCACACCCACGCCGCCAUCGGGCCAGAGAUCCGCCGCGAGCUGCUGGCCGGACGCGGUCGCGGCGUGCCCCUGGAGCCAAAGGGGGCCGACUUUGACGGAGACGACACGAUGCUGAUAGACGCCUGA